AACUGCAGAGAAAAGGACAGAGGGAGAAGGAGAAGAUCAAGCUCAUGCACAUAGUUCUGAAACUUGCAGGUCCUAGGAGUCAGCUAAAAAGCUAGCUGGACAAGCCUUGAGCUCUUUGAGCAGAAGCGAAGUGAGACAUUGUGAGCUUGCCAGCCUUGCACAGCACUGAAAGGGACUGAAUUUGUAGCACAGAGGGGUCUUUUUUAGCUCUGCAUAUAAUUAGUCCAAACACAAAGGAAGCAACUGAAUGGAGGUUGUCACUCUCUGGAAAAGGGUGGGUAAGACACUUUUUAAUUAAAUUCUUUCAUGAAGAAAGAUUUUUUUCUUUGCUGCAGCCUUUAACAUGAACAAAAUCACUAUCAUUUUACCUUUGAAUGUCUGUGAACUUUAAUGCUGCACAGCUCCUGCAUGCUGUAAAGUGAAAUAUUUGGCUGUGUGUUUGUUGUUUGCUGUUCUGCUUUGGUUUUAGCUUUUUUGGUUGUUUAUUUUUUAUUUUUUUUAUUUUCCCUUAAAUAAAAUAUGAUGUAGAAUUUGAAAAGAUUCAAUGGACAUUCUCGAGCAUAUUUGGAAAUAUUCUUGCUAAUGGAUUUCCUUCUUAUCGGUCUCUGUUUAAACUGGCUGCUGAGGAAGCCCCCGGGGUUGAUAUUGUGUACGCUGGGUAUCUUUUCUAAAAUGCUUCCAGCCGUGAAUAGUGGGUGUCCACAGCUAUGUCGGUGUGAGGGCAGGCUUUUGUACUGUGAAUCACUGAAUCUCACAGAGAUGCCUCGCAACCUGUCGGGCAUGAUGGGCUUGUCUCUGCGGUACAACAGCCUUUCAGAGCUGCAUGACGGACAGUUCACAGGGUUAAUGCAGCUCACGUGGCUCUAUCUGGAUCACAAUCACAUUUGCUCAGUGGAGGGGAAUGCCUUUCAAAAAUUGCGGCGAGUGAAAGAGCUCACCCUGAGUUCCAACAAAAUAACCCAACUGCCCAACACCACGUUCCGACCCAUGCCAAACUUGCGCAGUGUGGAUUUAUCGUACAACAACAUCCAGGCGCUGGAGCCCGACCUGUUUCACGGGCUGAGAAAACUCACGACAUUGCACAUGCGGUCGAACGCCAUCAAGUUUGUGCCAGUGAGAAUUUUUCAGGACUGUCGCAGCCUGAAGUUUCUAGACAUAGGAUACAAUCAGUUAAAGAGCCUGGCUCGAAACUCUUUUGCAGGCUUGUUCAAGCUCACCGAGCUGCACCUUGAGCACAAUGACUUGGUGAAGGUGAAUUUAGCCCACUUUCCCAGGCUCAUCUCCCUGCACUCGCUCUGCUUGCGGCGGAAUAAAGUUACCAUCGUCGUCAACACUUUGGACUGGAUAUGGCAACUGGAAAAGCUGGAUCUCUCUGGCAACGAAAUCGAGUACAUCGAACCUCAUGUCUUCGAAAGCGUGCCUCACCUCAAGUCCCUGCAGCUGGACUCCAACCGGCUGACCUACAUCGACUCCCGCAUCCUGGACUCCUGGAAGUCCCUCACUAGCAUCAGCCUCUCCGCCAACACCUGGGACUGCGGCCGCAACGUCUGCGCCCUGGCCUCCUGGCUGAGCAACUUCAAGGGCCGCUACGACAGCAACCUGCUCUGUGCCACCCCCGAGUACGCGCAGGGCGAGGACGUUUUGGACGCCGUGUACGCUUUCCACUUAUGCGAGGAUGCGGCGGACCCCACGAGCGUCAACACCCUCUCCCCCGUGACCAACAACAGUGACCAAAUGUUCGGCUAUGGCUUGGCCACCGCCACAUCCAACGUGCCGGAUGCCGACGAGGAGCCGACGACGUACGCCAUCACCGUGACGCUGCCCGGCGAGAGCGCCGAGAAUGCCGUGCAGAUUCACAAGGUGGUGACGGGGACCAUGGCGCUGAUUUUCAGCUUCCUCAUUGUGGUUUUAGUGUUGUACGUCUCCUGGAAGUGCUUUCCUGCCAGCAUCAGGCAGCUAAGACAGUGCUUUGUGACACAGCGCAGGAAGCAGAAGCAGAAACAGACCAUGCAUCAAAUGGCUGCCAUGUCAGCCCAGGAGUAUUACGUUGAUUACAAACCCAACCACAUCGAGGGAGCCCUGGUGAUCAUUAAUGAGUACGGAUCUUGCUCCUGUCACCAGCAGCCAGCGAGGGAGUGCGAGGUGUGAUUUGCCUUGGGGAUUUAAACAGUGUGCAACCAAAUAGCGGCGUGCAGGCAGAGAGCAGAGCGGGGGGUUUGCUGGGCUUUGCUGAGGAUUUCACAGGCACUCCUCUGCCAAAAUCGCAGGAGGAGCUGCCGGCAGGACUUGAUAUUUUAGCUUUAUCGUGUCUUAAAAUCUUCAGGACAGCCAAUCUUAAGAUUUCCUAUGCUAAUACUCCCUUUGAAGAUCUGUCAAUAUUCAGGAAACUGAGAGUGUAAAAAGGUACCGAUUAUUGAUCUUUUGUAAACUAAGGAAAAUGUUUAAAAUAAAAAAAAAUAGCAUUU